AUGCAAAACAGAGAAUUUGAACAUCUAUUAGAAGAAGCUUAUGGCUCUGCAUGAAGGCAUUAUUUGGAUCAAGAGUCAUGGGAGCAUUUAUACUACAAUGAUGUUCUAAGUGUCUCUCAGAAGCCUCAUGCGACAGGAGUCAAUGUAAUAAUAGCAGAACUUUUGAUAAAAAGGUCAUCAUCAGAAAUUCAAGAAUACUUAUAUAAUAUGGAAAAUUGAAAAGAAUGGCAUAAACAGUAUAAAAAGUCCAAAGUCCUAGAAGAACUCCACCAUAGUAGUAAAAUUCUUUAUUUUUGUACAAGACAUAUCAGCUAUCUUCGUGGCAGAGAACUAAUUCUUGCCUCGAAAAAAUUCGCUGUAAAAGACCAUAAAUUUGUUAUUUUCACUAGUGUAAACUAUGAAAAUGCUCCUGGAAUUUUUUAUAAGGUAAGAGGGUGGUGCUAUUUCUUUUUUUUUAUUAUCAAGCAGCUCAAUUCAGUCGCGUCUACAGUUACUUUUUUAUGCCAAUAUGACCCAAGAGGUGUCAGAAUAAAUUCUUUUUCUGAAAAAAUCACCAAAAAAUUUGUUGAAAAUUUAUUGGAGCUGAAAAAAGUGCUGGAAAAAGACCAUUCGCCCAUAUCAUUAAGUUUCUAG